AUGAACCCUUGGGAUGUAUCAAACCGCAGAAAACCGGACGCGGGCAAGUUUCUUUUUUCUUUGAAACUUCACGUCGCUCUCAGAAAAUGCAGCAGGUCCCAAAAUGGUACAAGCAGAAAACACAAGCCACUUCAGGCAAGUGGCCUGGGGCCUGCCAAGCAGCGCCGGGUUCGGGCAGGGGCCGGCGACCGCGGGGAACUUUCCUCUGCCGCGCCAGAGACAAUGCCGGGAGGGCUCCCCAUCCGCGGGGUUCGGGCCGCCAAGCGCGUCGUCCCGGGCCCUCCCCCGGAGCCGGACGCGAAGCCCCCCCAAGGCAGGCCCCAUCCCCGGCCCCACUGCGGGGGCCCCCUCUCCAGAGCUGGAGGCGCAGAGACACCCCCCCCCACCAGGCGGCCUCAUCCGGCCCCGCAGAGCCUGGCCGCGCGUCCCGCACACGCCCCAGCCCAGGGCCGGCGCCCUCCCCGCGGAGAAGGACACCCCGCUGCGAGAGGAGCCGGGAGCCCGCCCGGCGCCCCGUCCCCGUACCCCUCUUCGCGCGAGGUACUGGGCAGGGGGCGCCCGCGACUGUGGGCUACUCCGCCCGGCCCCACCGAGCUCGUCCGAGCGCCCCGCAACUCACCGGGACCUGGCGGGCCGCUGGGCAUUAUUCCAUCGCGGGCUCGGCCGGGCGCUCGCGGCUCUCGGGUGGGAAAGCGAACUGCGACCGGGAAGCGCCGGCGGGGCGGGAGGCGCGGGCCCGGGGCUGCCCAGCGUAGAGUGCUCGCCCGCGGCGGCGGCCAGGCCAGGCGAGGCGCGGGAGCCGAGCGCGGCGCAGGAAGGGGCGGGCGACCAUGUGCCGAGGGGGAGGAGGCCGCGGCGACGCGAGCGGCUCGCACAAUCCCGCUCGGCGGCGGAGGGCGCGGGUUUCAGGAAAUCCAAACACUUCGACAGGAAAUCGGAAUCCUGACUAAGCAUUCCCAGCCCCGAGCCGCUCCGCGCCGGGGGCUCCCGCCUCGCUUAACCCUUGGCCCGCCGGCAGCCACGCGGGGGGCGCGCGCGGGGCCCCAGACCUCGGCCCGGGUCGGGCGUCCUUCGCUUUCCGCCCCAUGCCCUGGCCGGCCGGCCUCCUCCCUGCCAGAGGUGGAAGGGGUGGGAUUUAUCCACAGAAAAACCCUGGACGCGGAAGGUGCCUUUCUAAGGCCGGGACAGCGGCAAAGGACGUGCCUGUCUUCCAUCUGCAGAGGAUGGACCUGCACUGUCCUGGCCGUUACCCCUAUUUUCAGUAAAGGAGUGACUUCACCAGGCUGCCCCCUUUCACCCCUUCUUCUCUGCUCUUAUAAUUUCCUCAUUUUGCCCAGUGCCAGAGGAACAGGACCUUCCCAGUCAGGAUACUAUAGGAACAGUAUGGAGAGUAAUCGUGUGGGCUGCAGGCUCUGUGUCCCAUUGGAAUAUGGCCUUUUUUUCUACUCGUGUUACCUUGAGUAACCCAACUUUCCUGAGCCUCAGUUUGCUUAAAUAUGAAAUGGACGUUAAUUCCACCCUCAUAGGUUUGAUCUGGAAACCGAUGUUUAGACAGGGACUGGCACAUUGGAAACACCCAAAUAAAUGAUAGCCAUGCUUGUCCUUAUGAUUGCCAUUAAAAGACAUCAGAGAAAGGAGGAUUUUAAUUUGUGGGAUGUAUAUUGUGCAUAUCUAUGUCUACUUUCAAAGUCAGAGACGUAGUCUUUCUUUAGAAUUUCAUUUCCCUCCUAAUCGUUGGGCGAUUGUUUUUCUUCGCAGCAUUUCAGAAACUGCUCUCUGCAGAGGAUAUGGUUCGUGGCUGUGGCAGACCCCCUUCUGUUGAAAUCUGAAACGGAAAACCUCACGAAAUUUGGGAUUUUGCUCUUAAUCUGAGAGUCCGGAUUCCUUUGAAACCCAAUCAGACUUUGAAGAGGGAACAUGCUCGUGAGCGAAAACAGAAGCCUGAAAUGAACCUGCUGGGAACUGAAAGUUGGGUACCAGCUCGUUUACUCCAAGUAAGGAACAGAUACCAGUUUUAGACCCAGCAUUGUUCCUUUUCUGCAAUUCUUUCUCCGUGGCCAGCAGCAGUAGGACGAGCUCUGAGGUGGGCACCAGGAGUCCCAAGGUCCUGCUCCAGGCCCUUUGCAGCUGCCGUCCGCUCUGCCUGGUAGAACCCUUGUAUGACUGUUCUUGGCACACAGCUCACAGCCCAGAAGUCAGCUCCACAGAGAGGCUCUCCCCAACCAUGUGAUCUACUUGUCUCUGGCACCUACACCCCACCUCCACCUCUCCCAAAUAUAGCGCAUCCUGUUUGAUUGCUUCAUAGCCCUUGUCACUGUUUUGAUUGGUUGCUUAUUUUUUAUCUGCCCCCCACUCUCCCCACUGCAUGGGUAAACUGCAUUACAGCAGUACCUUGGCCUGUUUCCUUAGAACAAUGCUGGCCCAUAUGAGACCAUCAAUAAACACGUGUUGAAUAAAUGAAA